UCGCAAUCAAGCAGCACUUUCAUUCUCCCAUUCGCGUCCAGGUGAACAUCAUGCGCGUCUCCGGUCCCUUGAUAUUUGCCGCGUCGGUGGCCUAUGCCCAGCAAUUCCUUGUCCAAGAUUCACCAGUCAUGCGAUUGCUCUCUACUGACGAGUUCGACCUCAGCGAAUACGACACAUAUGGGGUGCCCGCCGAAGCAGACGAAGAAUGGGCCGACGAAGCUGAUUUUCACGGCGUCGAUACCGUCCCUGAAUACGACGUCGAUGAUGUGGCCGACCAAGCCGACAUCGGUCGUCGUCAGAUUCGUGCCGUGGGUGCCUUGAAGUCCCGUCAUCGCGCUCACAACAUCCCCCAGGGCGGCAAAGCUGGUCCCCGCAAGCGUGGAGGCGCCAAGCCCCGCCGCGCUGCCGGUAAAUCCGGUUCUCGCAAAGCCCGAGUCGCCAAACCUCGCAGCAACCGUCAAGCGUUUGCAAAGACCGGUAAGGUCGGUCCUCGUGUUGAUGAUGGCGCCAUCAAGCUCCGCCGAACUGCUGGUGGCAAGCUACGUGUGAAGGGAGCGAAGAAGCCUGUCACGGGGAAAGUUGGACGCGCCAAGCCUCGUCAUGCUGGUGGUGGUGGUGGGAACAAGCGUGUCAAGGAUAGCGCCAAAGCAGGGGUUCGCAUUCGUGGCGCCGUCAAGCCUCGCCGAGGCAGCAGUCACCAAGCCUUUGCAAAGCCAGCAAAGGGCGGUAAAGGGGCUGGCGUUCGCAAGGGGGCUGCUAAACCGCGCCGUGCUACUGAUGGCGCCACACCUGUGAAAACAAGCAAGACAGGACGAGGUCAUGUCAAGCCCCGUGGUGCAGCUGGCCAAGCGGGUGUGGCUCGCGCGGCGCCCAAAACGAACACGGAACCGGCUGCGGAAUCGGAUGCCACUGAAGUUCCAGACGACGAGACGGUCGAAUCAGACGUGUCCAAGAAGUCCGACGAUGACGACGAUGAUGACGAUGACGACGAUGACGAUGACGACGAUGAUGACGAUGACGAUGAUGACGAUGACGAUGAUGACGUUGUUGAAGCAGCUGACUCCAAUGGCGAGUAA